AUUGUUUAGUUUUAAUGUAAAUUAAAUAUUUAAUAAAAUUUAUUUUGACUGAUGAUAUUUUUCAUGAGUAAAUAAAUAUUACGAGAUUGAAAAUUUCUUAUGAAAAAUGAAACCAUUAAUAAUAGCUGAAGGUAAUAAAGAUACCUAAUGCGUGAAGAUAACUUACAAAUCUUUUGGGAUUGCGUAUAGCUUUUUCUACUCCCUUAAAAUAUUGAUUCGCAGUGAGAUGAAAAUUAGAUGCUACAGCACAUGCUCAGCAACGAUUCUCAGCUGGUUAGUAAACUCUAUCACACGAUCAGUCACAUCUACUAACAAUUGUUUAACGUCAUGCCGCCUGUAUGGUAUUAACGAUAAAAAAUGUUUAUCAAUCAUUAAUUUUUAAUUUGCUGUAUGCGAAAUGUAGUUGAUAAAUAUAGUCCUUGGGAGUAGAAAAAUUCAUUAUUUGAAACGUCAAAAAAAAGCUUCACCAUUGCCAAUAUAAUUCCUAUAAUGAUGUUAGGGCGAAAGCAGAGCCUUAAGGGCGAUCCGGUUCUAGCCGAUUAUGGCCCGGAAGAGGCCCUAAAUGAAAGUGCUGACAUAGAAUGGGUGAAUAAGUUAUGGAUAAGAAGAUUGAUGAGAGCUUGCGCAUUAAUAUCACUUUUAUCUGUAUGUUUAAAUACUCCAAAGACAUUUGAAAAAGUCCCUCAAUUACAGUUCACAACAUUUAUUAUCGAUCUUGUUGUCACAUUUCUCUUUACAGCUGAAAUGAUUGCAAAAAUGCACAUUCGUGGAAUAUUAAAAAGAGACAAAGCUUAUUUAAAAGAUCACUGGUGUAAAUUUGAUGCAGUCAUGGUUUUUUUUCUCUGGCUGUCAGUAAUUCUUCAAAUGUUUGAGAUGCUUGGAUUUGUUAGUAAAUUUAGCGCUGCAUCAGUUAUACGUUCACCUAGACCACUUAUUAUGAUACGUUUUCUACGAGUAUUUUUGAAAUUUUCAAUGCCCAAAGCAAGGAUUAAUCAAAUAUUUAAGCGAUCAAGUCAGCAAAUUUACAAUGUAACACUAUUUUUCCUGUUCUUCAUGUCACUUUACGGUCUUUUGGGUGUUCAAUUUUUUGGAGAAUUAAAAAAUCAUUGCGUUCUUAAUACAACUGAUCCAAAGCAAAUUACAAUCAAUAGUUUAGCUAUUCCUGAUACAUUUUGCUCUACUGACCCUGAAUCAGGUUAUCAAUGUCCUGAGGGCAUGAAAUGUUUGAAAUUAGAACUAUCGAAAUAUAUAAUGGGUUUCAAUGGAUUUGAUGAAUUUGCAACAAGUAUAUUCACUGUAUAUCAAGCGGCAUCUCAAGAGGGUUGGGUAUUCAUAAUGUACCGCGCAAUUGAUAGCCUUCCAGCCUGGCGAGCCAUUUUUUACUUCAGUACAAUGAUAUUUUUUCUAGCAUGGCUGGUAAAAAAUGUCUUCAUUGCUGUUAUAACUGAAACAUUUAAUGAAAUUAGAGUACAGUUUCAACAAAUGUGGGGUAUCAGAGGACAAAUAACAAACAGUUCUGCAUCACAGAUUCUUUCGGGAGAUGAUAAUGGCUGGAAAUUAGUUACUCUUGAUGACAACAAACACGGAGGUCUUGCAUCACCACUUUGUCAAGCUAUUUUACGUUCACCACAUUUUCGAAUGAUCGUGAUGUGUGCUAUUUUAGCAAAUGGCAUUACAACUGCUUCAAUGAACUUCAAACAUGACGAACGACCGAGACAUACUUAUUACGAUAAUUACUAUUAUGCCGAAAUAGCUUUUACGAUAUUUCUUGAUUUAGAAACACUUUUUAAAAUUUGGUGUCUCGGUUUUCGUAGUUAUUAUAAACAUUCAAUUCAUAAAUUUGAAUUGUUACUAUCAAUUGGCACGACUGUUCACAUUAUACCAUUAUUUUAUUUAUCAGGGUUUACUUAUUUCCAAGUAUUAAGAGUUGUGAGACUUAUUAAAGCAUCUCCAAUGUUGGAAGAUUUUGUUUAUAAAAUUUUCGGACCAGGAAAAAAACUAGGGAGUCUUAUAAUUUUCACCAUGUGUUUACUUGUGAUAUCUUCUAGUAUAUCAAUGCAACUUUUUUGUUUUUUGUGUGACUUUACUAAAUUUGAAACUUUUCCUGAAGCUUUCAUGUCUAUGUUCCAAAUACUUACACAAGAAGCAUGGGUUGAAGUAAUGGAUGAAACCAUGGUGCGAACUCAUGAAACUUUCGCACCGUUUGUUGCUGUUUAUUUUAUUCUUUACCAUCUUUUUGUAACUCUCAUUGUGUUAAGUCUUUUUGUUGCUGUAAUUCUUGAUAAUUUAGAACUUGAUGAAGACAUAAAAAAAUUAAAACAAUUGAAAUUUCGUGAACAAAGUGCUGAGAUAAAAGAAACACUUCCAUUUCGGUUACGAAUAUUCGAAAAAUUUCCCGACAGUCCACAAAUGACAUGUUUACACAAGGUUCCGUCUGAUUUUAAUUUGCCCAAGGUUCGAGAAAGUUUUAUGCGUCAGUUUGUUUAUGAAGUUGAAGAUGAGGAAAGUGAAACAGCUAAAAGAAUAAAUGAAACAUUUGAUUCGAAAAUAAUUUAUAGAAAACAACGUCCAGUUAAAAUUUUAAAUCAUCCCCCAAAAGUUAGAAAUGUUAUGACUGAUCUAAGAAAAGCCGCCAUUAACUACAUCAUUAAUGACUCGAAUAAUCAAAGAUUGUUACUUGGAGACUCAGCAAUGAUACCAAUACCUGGCAAGGGACUUUUAAAACCUCAAGGGACUAUCAGUAGUGCAAAGCAGCUGAGGAUCGAUCAAAAAAAAUCAAUUCGUCGAAGUGUUCGUAGUGGAUCGAUAAAGCUGAAACAAACGUACGAGCAUUUAGUUGAAAAUGGAGACAUCGGAGCCAUUAACAGGGUAACAUCAUCACGCAGUAGGCCCCAUGAUCUAGACAUUAAAUUACUUCAAGCAAAACGACAACAAGCUGAGAUGCGAAGAAAUCAACGAGAAGAUGACUUAAGAGAAAAUCAUCCAUUCUUUGAUACUCCAUUGUUUGCAGUUCCUCGGGAAAGCAAAUUUCGAAAAAUUUGUCAAUUACUUGUUUACGCUAGAUAUGAUGCCAGAUUGAAAGAUCCUUUGACUGGCAAAGAAAGAAAAGUGCAAUACAAAAGUCUUCACAAUUUUCUAGGACUUGUAACUUAUUUAGACUGGGUAAUGAUAUGUGCUACAACACUUUCAUGUAUUUCAAUGAUGUUUGAAACACCAAAAUAUCGAGUCAUGGAAAUACCAGCAUUGCAAGUUGCAGAAUAUGGAUUUGUUAUAUUCAUGAGUAUUGAAUUGGCAUUGAAAAUACUGGCAGAUGGUCUAUUUUUUACACCGAAAGCUUACAUUAAAGAUGUUGCAUCUGUGCUUGAUGUUUUUAUCUACGUAGUUAGUUUAGUAUUCUUAUGCUGGAUGCCAAAAAACGUACCACCUAAUUCCGGAGCCCAAUUAUUAAUGAUAUUACGUUGUGUAAGACCUCUCAGGAUAUUUACAUUGGUCCCACACAUGAAGAAAGUUGUUUACGAGUUAUGCAGAGGCUUUAAAGAAAUUUUAUUGGUAUCAACGCUUUUGAUUCUUUUGAUGUUUGUCUUUGCAAGUUAUGGCGUUCAAUUAUAUGGAGGAAGAUUAGCUCGAUGUAAUGAUCCAACUAUUUUGAAACGUGAAGAUUGUGUUGGAGUUUUCAUGAGACGUGUCUUUGUAACUAAAAUGAAGCUUAAACCUGGACAAAAUGAAAGUUAUCCAUCUAUUUUAGUACCACGUGUAUGGGCGAACCCGAGAAGAUUCAAUUUUGAUAAUAUUGGUGACGCAAUGAUGGCUUUAUUUGAAGUGCUUUCAUUCAAAGGUUGGCUUGAUGUAAGAGAUGUGUUAAUCAAAGCGCUUGGUCCGGUUCAUGCUAUUUAUAUUCAUAUUUACAUUUUCCUCGGUUGCAUGAUUGGCUUAACACUAUUUGUUGGUGUAGUCAUUGCUAACUAUUCUGAAAAUAAAGGAACAGCUUUACUUACUGUUGAUCAAAGAAGAUGGUGUGAUUUGAAAAAAAGAUUAAAAAUUGCUCAACCAUUACAUCUGCCACCUCGCCCAGAUGGAAAAAAAUUUCGUGCAUUUAUUUAUGACAUAACGCAAAAUAUCUAUUUCAAAAGAUUUAUUGCUGUCAUGGUUUUGAUAAACAGUGGAUUAUUAUGUGUUUCGUGGAGAAUCGAAGAAAAACAUACCGAAGCACUUGCUACAGUAUCAACAAUUUUGGUAUUGGUAUUUGUUGUUGAAGUUAUAAUGAAAAAUAUAGCAUUCACACCACGUGGUUAUUGGCAAUCAAGACGAAACCGUUAUGAUCUUUUAGUUACCGUUGUUGGUGUAAUUUGGAUAAUUAUUCAUUGUACGAUGCAAAAUGAUUUAUCAUAUGUUAUUGGUUUCAUGGUUGUAAUUCUUAGAUUUUUUACAAUCACUGGAAAACAUACGACAUUAAAAAUGUUGAUGUUAACAGUCGGCGUAUCAGUUUGUAAAAGUUUUUUUAUUAUAUUUGGUAUGUUUUUAUUAGUUUUUUUUUACGCACUUGCUGGCACAAUCAUAUUUGGAACUGUAAAAUACGGAGAGGGAAUAGGAAGACGUGCCAAUUUCGAAUCACCAGUUACUGGCGUUGCUAUGUUAUUUCGUAUUGUUACUGGUGAAGAUUGGAAUAAAAUUAUGCAUGAUUGUAUGGUACAACCACCAUAUUGUACACCAGCUGCUAAUUAUUGGGAAACUGAUUGUGGAAAUUUUCAUGCAUCACUUUUUUACUUUUGUACAUUUUACGUUAUUAUAACUUACAUCGUGUUAAAUUUAUUGGUGGCUAUUAUCAUGGAAAACUUUUCUCUCUUCUACUCAAAUGAAGAAGAUGCGCUGUUAUCUUACGCUGAUAUAAGAAAUUUUCAAAAUACAUGGAAUGUCGUGGAUAUACAUCAAAGAGGAGUUAUUCCAGUUAGACGAGUUAAAUUUAUACUGCGACUUUUAAAAGGAAGAUUAGAAACAGAUCCACAAAAAGAUCGAUUACUCUUCAAAUAUAUGUGUUAUGAGCUUGAAAGACUGCAUAAUGGAGAAGAUGUUACAUUUCAUGAUGUCAUAAAUAUGCUAUCUUAUCGUUCAGUGGACAUUAGAAAAGCUCUGCAGCUGGAAGAACUUUUAGCUCGUGAAGAGUUUGAAUAUAUUAUCGAAGAAGAAGUAGCAAAACAAACAAUACGGACUUGGUUAGAAGGAUGCUUAAAAAAAAUACGCGCUACUGGAAAACAACAAAAUAGUUUGAUAGCGGGACUACGAGCGACUAAUGACUUAGCCACAUUAACUCAAGAUCAUCUUGAAGAAAAAAGUAAAGAAAACAUUGUUGAGCGUGAAAUAGAAACUGAAACAAAAGAAACUGAAGGAAUACGCCAUAGAAAUAAAAAACCAGCUAUAUUACCGAGAUCAGAUAGUAUCGGAAGUGCAUCAGGUAGAAAAUAUUUGGCACCAACAUUAUCAGAUCCUGCCUCGUGUCGUAAUGAAAAAGAAAAGAUUACGGUAUCGAAGAAAAGAAGUAGCCGACCCCCCCCAUUAACCAAAACUAGUUUACCCCAUCUUUCGGAAGGCACAGAACAAAAUAGACAACCACGAGAAAUCUCCAAUACAAAAGCAGCAGUCCCGAAAGUUUGUAGUGUAACACUAGAAGUAAAAGAUUGGUGGGUUGAACAACUUGAUCACAACUCAGAAUUGAGUGAGGAUGAGUUUUAAAUUUGGAAUUUCAUUGAUUGAAAAUUAUUAAAUUGUAUUUUUAUUCACUUGAAGAUUUAUUGUUCAAAUUAAGCGAUCCAUGAAUUUCAAAAAUAUUGUUAAUUAUUCCCAAGUAACAUGUGUUUGGGCAAGAUUCUGGAGUAGGUAUUGUGAGCAAGACCCGCAACUGCUAGUGUCUUUUUUUACGUAUAUGUCAUUCGCAAGAUCGUGUAUCAAGAACUUGACCUAUGUCAAAAUUUGUGUAUGUCUUACUCAUGGUAUCGAACGCGAAAAUAUUGAAGAUACCUUGCACGCGGUACAAUGAAAAAAUGUCUGACGCAUUACUUGCACCAGUAACUUACAGUAGGUAUAUACGUAUGGCUUGCGCAAGAUCUGCUGAAGAUGCGUGAAACAAGUAACUUUUUUCAUUUCUGACGCAUUUCUUGUUUCAGAUAUUCACAGAAAAUCGUAAUACUUUAUCAACAAGCAUGCUUCAGAUGAUUUCAAUAUUCUUACAUAAUUCUUGAGCAAUAAUCGGAAAAAAAAUUUUUUUGCAAAAUUGUACUAAGCUUGCAAUUUAAAUCUGGUCACAUGUAUCUGCAGCAAGAGACAUACGUAGAAAAAGACACUAGCACCUAUAGAUCUUAAGACCAGACUUGCUCAAGAAUUGAAAUAGAUUGUUAUAUGGGUAUAUCUGACUACCGAUGAGAUAAGAAUCGAAAAUAUAAUAAAUAUUCUAAAUGAGAGAAAAAAUACCCUGGCGGUUUAGAA